GGCUGCGGUUGGAGGGAGUGGGAGAAAGGGUGUGCGGGGUGCUAGCUUUUUUGCGAAGGGGCGGGUUCCGAGCUUUUAUCAGGUAGAGGGGAGCGGGCGGGAGAGGCGGCCGGAGAGAUGUGCGGAGGAGCGAUAAUCUCCGACUUCUUGGAAUUCGAGGGCGGUAGGAAUCUCGCUCCGCCUCCGCCGCCGGAUUUCGACGCCCUUUUCAACUCCAUCGACUCCAAACCCCUCAUCCCCCAAGCGGGGGAGGUGGAGAAGACGGAUAGGUCGUCGGGGGUUGAGGAGAAAAGCGGGGGGAAGGGAAGGAAGAACGUCUACAGGGGAAUCCGGCGGCGGCCGUGGGGCAAGUGGGCGGCGGAGAUCCGUGACCCGAGGAAGGGGAUGAGGGUUUGGCUCGGGACCUACAGCACUCCGGAGGAGGCGGCGCGGGCGUACGACGUAGCCGCGCGCGAGAUCCGGGGGAGCAAAGCCAAGCUCAACUUCCCGGACAUCAUCCCGGUUCCGAAGCCCCAGGAGGCGAAGAAGCAGCGGCGAGUGGCAACGGCCGCGACGGAGGCGGUGCCGUGGCAUCCUACAGCGCCGGCAGCGACGCGGGAGAGCUCUGCUGCGUCGUCGUCGUCGUCUGUGUGUUCGAUCGCUACUUCUCCGCCGUUGGAUAAGGCCUUGAUGGAGCGGAUCUCGAACCUGGAGACGUUCUUGGGGCAGGAGGACGAGGCGGUGGAGGGCGGUGGAGCCUACGAUCUCCGGCUGUGGGAUGACGUCCGCUUCAUCUGUUGAUCGCGAUGGACGGCUUGGAUUUCACAUGGCGAUAUUAUCGUUGUCUGCUUUACUUUAUCUUGGAGUUAGAAAUAAUACUACCAAUGUAAAAAAAUUUUCGAGGCAUGGGCUCGCACGUGCCUGGAUAAAUGAUAUGUACGCCGGUGUACGUGCCGAGCUUUUUUUGCUAUAUAAAGUGCAUAUUCUGUUUUUUUUUU